CCUUUCCUUGCAGCCCCCCAUGGCUCUGGUGGCCGCGCUGGGCUGUGCCUGUGCCGGGCUGGUGGCCCUGGCCCUGCUGCUGGUGGCCCAGCGCCUCGGGCUGCUCUACCGGCUGCUGCACAAGGUGGACGCGGCCAGCCCGCGGCACGGUGGCGAGCUGGUGGCGGCGGUGCUGCGGGCGCACGGGGUGCGGUUCCUGUUCACGCUGCCCGGCGGGCACAUCUCGCCCGUGCUGGUGGCCUGCGAGAAGCUCGGCAUCCGCGUGCUGGACACGCGCCACGAGGCCAGCGCCGUCUUCGCCGCCGACGCCGUGUCGCGGCUCUCGGGCUGCAUCGGCGUGGCCGCUGUCACGGCGGGCCCCGGUGUCACCAACGCGGUGACGGCCGUCAAGAACGCGCAGAUGGCCGAGUCGCCGCUGCUGCUGCUGGCCGGCGCCGCCGCCUCCCUGCAGAAGGGCCGGGGCGCUCUCCAGGACAUCCCGCAGCUGCCGCUGUUCCGCACGCUCUGCAAAUCCGCGCUGUCCGUGCGCGCCGUGCGCGACAUCGUCCCCACGCUGCGCCGCGCCAUCGCCACCGCCUGCGAGGGCACCCCGGGCCCCGUGUUCGUGGAGCUGCCCAUCGAUGUGCUCUACCCCUUCCACGUGGUGCAGAAGGAGCUCGGGGGCUCCAAAACCCCCCGGGGGCUGCGGGGGAAGCUCGUCCAGUGGUACCUGGACAAUUACCUGCGGGAUCUGUUCGCGGGCGCCUGGGAGCCGCGGGACCUGACCCCGCUGCCCCUGCACAUCCCCACGGCCAGGCCCGAGCAGGUCCAGCUCUGCUCAGAGCUGCUGAGCCGGGCCCAGCGGCCGCUGCUGCUCGUGGGGAGCCAGGCCCUGCUGCCCCCAACCCCCGCUGAGGAGCUGAGCUCGGCCCUGCAGGCUCUGGGUGUCCCCUGUUUCCUGGGGGGGGCGGCGCGGGGGCUGCUGCCCCCCGAGUGUCCCCUGGGGCUGCGGCAGAACCGGCGCCAGGCGCUGCAGGAGGCCGACCUGGUGCUGCUGGCAGGCAUGGUCUGUGAUUUCCGUCUGUCCUACGGGCGCCUCUUCGGCCGCGGCGCCGCUGUGGUGGCCGUGAACCGCGACCGGGGGCAGCUGCUGCGGAACGCGGACGUGUUCUGGAAACCCCGGCUGGCCGUGCAGGGUGACCCUGCCUCCUUCCUGCUGGCCCUGGCCCGAGCCCUGCCCGGGUUCUCGUGUCCCCCCGAGUGGCUGCAGCGGCUGCGGGACAGAGAGAGGGACAAAGAGCAGCAGAACCGGGCCAGGGCGGCCGUGCCCCCCCCCGUGCACCUGAACCCGCUGGCGCUGCUGCAGGCCCUGGAGCGGCUCCUGCCGCCCCACGCGCUGCUCGUGGCCGACGGCGGCGACUUCGUGGCCACGGCCGCGUACACGGUGCGGCCACGGCGGCCGCGGGCAUGGCUGGACCCGGGUCCCUUUGGCACUCUGGGCGUGGGCGGAGGAUUCGCACUCGGGGCCAAACUGUGCCGGCCCGAGGCUGAGGUGUGGGUGCUGUACGGGGACGGCUCGCUGGGCUUCAGCCUGAUGGAGUUCGACACCUUCGUGCGCCACAAGGUCCCGGUGAUCGCGCUCGUUGGGAACGACGCCGGCUGGACUCAGAUCAGCCGCGAGCAGCUCCCCCUGCUGGGCAGCGCCGUGGGCUGCAGGCUGAGCUACAGCGAUUACCACUUGGUGGCGGCGGCGCUGGGAGGCCGAGGCUUCGUGCUGGACAGCGCUGGGGACACUGGGGACACUGGGGGGGACACUGGGGACACUGGGGGGGACACCGGGGACACCGGGGACACCGAGGCCAGGGUGGUGGCCGUGCUGAGGGCGGCGCAGGCCGAGUGUCACCGCGGCCACCCCGUCCUUGUCAACGCCCUGCUGGGCCCCAGCGACUUCCGGCAGGGAUCCGUGUCCGUCUGAGGGACACCGAGUGUCACCACAUGUCACUGAGGGUCAUCGAGUGUCACUGAGUGUCCCCAAGGGUCAUUGAAUGUCCCCAAGUGUCCCCAAGGGUCUCCAGAGUGGCCUCAGUGUCCCCAAGAGUCACCAAGUGUCCCCGAGGGUCAUCGAGUGUCAUCAAGGAUCAUGGAGUGUCCCCAAGGGUCACUGAGGGUCACCAAAUGUCACCACGUUGUCACCGAGUGUCACCAAGUGUCACCAGAGCCACCCUGGACUGGUCCCAGGGGGUGGCAGGUGACACUUGGGGCACUGUCCCCUCCUUUGGUGACACUUUGGGCACUGCCACCCCCCCUUGGGGACAUUUUGG